AUGCCUCCACGACACCAAACACUUCCAGCGGCACAGACCGCGGCUGCGCGUGAAGCGCAAAAGUCUUUCUACUGCCAGCUCUGCUCCAAAGGCUAUUCAAGGAUGAAUGACUAUGAAGCUCAUCUCGGCAGUUAUGACCAUAGUCACAAACAGCGCCUUAAGGACAUGAAAGCCAUGGUUCGCGACCCCAAUGCAGGCUCACGUGCGCGUAAGGCAGAGGCCAAAGCCGAUGGUCUCAUCAGCAUCAAGCUCCCCGGCCAGGAAGCUGCUACAGGCACAGCAGGCGGAGGCGGAGGCGGAGGCUUCAAGAAAGGCGGCUUCAAGAAGAGUGGCUUCAAAAGUGCUUUCACCAAAGUCGAAAAUAGCGGAUCGGGAUCAACAUCGUCAACUACUGAGAAGCCCAAGCCAACUAAUGCGCUUGAGCCUACACCGGUCAACCCUGGUCUCCAGAAAAACCUCUCACCAGAAAGCGACACCGAAGACGAGGGCUACGAGGUUUACAACCCGCGGUUUCCUACGGACUAA